AUGUCGAACAUCAUCGAGUUCUAUGAUAUCGCCUCCAAAACCGAUGGAACUUUUUCUCCCAAUACAUACAAGACCAGGUACCUGCUUCAUUACAAAGGUCUUCCCUACAAACGUAUUUCCGUUCAGUUCCCUGAUAUCAAGGGUGUUUGCGAGAAGAUUGGUGCCACAGCUACCGCUAAAAACCCUGACGGGUCACCUCUGUACACAUUCCCGGUCAUUCGAGACCUCGCCACAGGCGUCGUCAUCUCCGACUCUCUCCCCAUCGCCGAAUACCUCGAGAAGCAGUAUCCCGACAAACCCACUUUGAUCCCUGCUGGUACAACAGGGCUGCAUAGGGCACAUGAUGCUGCAUUCAAGGCGAAAUUGGCGAAUUUCUUCCCGUUGUUAUUGCCUAAGGUUCCAAAUAUCCUGAACGAAGCCAGCAUGGAAUUUUUUAUACGUACGAGGAAGGAGAGGCUCGGCGUUACGCCAGCUGAGAUGUCUCCGAAGGACCCUGUUGACCAAUGGAAGAGGGUGGAAGCUGAUCUCGAGGUCGUUGCCGGGUGGUAUAACGAAGGCGAUCAGUUCAUUGGAGGAAAGAAGCCGGUUUACGCUGAUUUUGUGAUCGCGAGUUGGAUCAUGUUCGCUAGGGUCUUGUAUGGUGCAGAUUCCCCUGAGUGGAAGAACCUUAGCGGAACUUUCCAAGGUGGCCGAUGGGGGAGAUUGUUAGAGAGCUUGAAGGAAUAUGAAUGA